GCAAACGCCCCUUGCAGCUACUCUUCGCGGUAACAAACUGUGGUGGCGGCUCUGGCACACUGCUCGUAUAUCGCUUUGGAGGCUGAUUUCGUGAGAAAGUACCUUGCUCUGGUGAGCCGGGGUCGGACUACGCCACUACAUCGCACACUUGUAAUGAGUGAGCACGUCUCUGGUCUCACAGCAACUCCAAACGAGCAGCAACAGAACAGAGCUGUCAACUUCCAGCGUGUAGCCGGCUCGCACCACCAUCAGACGGUCGAACAGUCGCUUGUUCCUGCUCCCUCAUUGGGUGAUCAUUGCGCGAAACAUGUGCAAGUCCACCUUGCUCUCCGUCAUGCACACCAACCUGCGUGUGUCCGAGAAAGGUGGUCGAUAAGGGCACUAUUCGGCGAUUGGUCACGUCUCUCGCAAACCCAUCCACUGCUCGAUGUCACACAACAGAACGCUAGCGAUGAACGCCGCCACGCCAUCAGAGCGGAGGCGAAACAACCCAGUACUUUGACGCGGACGGCGUCUUCGGCGAGCCAAGACAAUGCCGAGAGCUGCAAGCCCAACGGCCUUCCACGUGCGAGGGGCAGCUUUUCGGGAAUGCCAAUACGACGAUCGCGCGUCGAGAUGCAUCCUCGGCGAUGCCCGUAGGAAGCCUCUUGCGAAAACCGCAUUGUGACUUGUCCGUCAGGCUUGCAUGAAACGAUUCCACGUGCCGCAGACUCAGUCCCUCAGGCAUUAUCAUGAUCAUGCAUUCUUUGUUCACUGCA